CUGCAGCUGCUAGCGAGAAAUCGAAACUCAGCUGUUGAAACCGCUCCCCCUGCUCUUCGGAAUCGCAUCUCGAGACUCGCUCAGCGUCCCAGCCCGCAUCCCUCCCGCGGCGGCGGCGGCCGGGGACCCGCGGGCUCUGAACCAUGUACACCCGCAGUAAGGUAGUGGGCUCCUCCUACCCGGUCCGGGACCCCCCGGAGGGGCGCCGGGAGCGGGACUCCUUACAAGGCCACAGGCAGGAUUUGGAGGCGUCCCCUGAGGACCCUUCGCGGGAGAACCGGGAGCACGCGGGCCAGAGCUUAGGUGCAUACACCUUGAUAGCACCAAAUGAAAACCGAAGAAGUCAGAUACGAAGGAUUGCUGAGAAAGAGCUGGAGGAUCUGGAGAAGUGGAAAGAGCAACAUAGAGCUAAGCCAGUUAACCUGGUGCCAAGGCGGCUAGGUGGAAGCCAAUCAGAGGCUGAAGUCAGACAGAAACAACAACUCCAACUGAUACAAUCUAAAUAUCAGCAAAAGCUAAAAAGAGAAGAAUCUAUAAGAAUCAAGAAGGAAGCUGAAGAAGCUGAAAUCCAAAAAAUGAAGGCAAUUCAGAGAGAGAAGAGCAACAAACUAGAGGAGAAAAGAAGACUUCAAGAAAACCUCCGAAGAGAAGCAUUUAGAGAGCAUCGACAAUACAAAACUGCUGAGUUCUUGAGCAGACUGGACACAGAAUUGCCCCAGAGAAGUGCCUGUCAAAUUGCUCUUCAUGACCCACAGUCUUCAACUUGGGCCAGAAGCCGGGCUUAUAGGGAUUCUCUAAAGGAAGAAGAAAAUAAAAAAUUGCAAAAGAUGAAGGAGGAACAACAUCAGAAGAGUGAAUUACUGGAAUUAAAGCGACAACAACAGGAGGAAGAAAGAACCCAAACCUGGCAGACUGAGCACAGGAGGGUAAAUAAUGCUUUUCUGGACCGACUCCAAGCCAGAAGUCAACCAGGUGGCCUCGAGCACUUCGGAAGCUAUUGGAAUAUGAAUACUGGUAACAGCUGGGAUAUAUGAGAAAUAUUUACUUACAUCUGGCCUUCAUCAACUGACCUUGAAAACCCUCACGAGAAGCUUUUCCUUAAUGCGAUUUUGUUUGUCCUCACUGUUUUUACCUUGACUUCAACUGCCCACCCAUUCAGCUGAGCAGCUGGGGAUGACUGGUUUUUCUCUGUCAUUAUUUACACAUAUCUGCUGGAGCUGAUUACUGAACUCGUAUUUAAUCUCUACUGCCAGUGAAAUGUUACAUUAUUUUUCUGAUUGGUUUCGCCUCUUAUUGGAAGUAUAAUUACAGCAAUGUUAGUAGGAUAGAAAAGGAGGGAAUCAUUUGAGGCUUUCAGGUUAGCAAGAGCUAUGGGCGUCACAUGCUUGUUCUCUCCAAGCAGCUAAUUCUUAUCUACUGCUCAGAUCAGGUUUGGGGGAGCUUUGGCAUCUUUUUAGAUUUUAAUCUCUAUUUUCUUAAUCCAGGGUACAAAUGUGAGCAAAAGAAAAAAAGAAAUCUUUUAUACUUUUUUAAACAAAUUUAUAAAUAAAUUUUGAGCUACUUCUGUAUAAAUGGUUUGUUUUUAUUUUUAAUGAAAAGCUCUUGAGUUGUUUCUCUUAAGAGGUCUCAUGUUUCUAUUUUCCUUAACUGUCCAAACAGAUCAAAUGUAGUACGGUAAUCACUAGUGGAUCUGGCUCUGGUCUUGAUUUACUUACUAAUACUCUUCCUCUGGUUUCUCAGAGUGGGACAGUUAAUUUCCUGAAGGGCCUUUGUUUCUGUAAAAAUCAACUAGACGCAAAUGGAGAUACCGCGUGUGGGUUUUUUUUAGGUGUUUUGGAAACUUGUCUUUGCUCUAUGCAACCUAUUUCCUGUAGCUAAUUCAGUAAGCUUUCCUAUUCUAGUUUUAUGACUUCUACUAGUUUAUAGACCCUAGAGUGCUAGAAUAUUGGUUUUCUAUGCUGUAUACUCCAGCCCCCUCUCCUGUGUUAUAAUGUUCUAUAGGAGAAGCAUUGCAUUUAGACUUAGAAUGAAGGUUGGAAGAGCAAAUAAUUUUUGCAGCUGGACAACUAAUAACACUUUGCAGCAUUAAGAGAUCUCCUGUGUUACCAAUCACUCUGUUGAAAUUAACUUUCCAAACGUGUAUUCAGGGAAACACUGGGACUUCAGGUUCUUUGGCCAAGACUGAGGGGCUCACAAAAGGGUGGCAAGGGUGUAGUAUAGAAAGGGCUGCAUUGGGUGGGGGUGGUGGUGGCUGAGAACAGAUGGUGUUCAGCUAGUUUCUCUGGAGUAAAUAAUGCAGAUGCUCUUGGUUUUUCUCUCUCCUGCCAGCUGAAGCUGCGUUAGUGCUGUUGACACCAGUAUAAAAUGUUUGGUCCAUUUAAAAUCUUUGUCAUUGCCUAAUAUGGGGAAAACUAAAUCUCAGCCUGAGUUGCAAACAUCGCCAAACUGAUUGUAAAUGUGUGAAUGUCACAGGCGUUUUACUGCUGUGGCAUGCAGCCAUUUCUGCCCUGCACCUGCCAGCCUGGCUACCUCACAGUCCACAUUUGUGUUCCAGUUUUUGUGUCUAGGCUCGGCAUCCCUCACUUGCUGCUACUUUCCAGUAUGUAACCAGGAGUCGAUUAGGGGAAAGAGAUGCUUUCUUACUUUGAGGGCUCUCAGGGAAGUUGGCAUCAAUUUCUCUUCCACUGCUUGCUGUAUCCGGCAUACCCAAAAAUUAUGUUGAGAUAUCUGGUUUCAUUAAAAUUAAAAAAAAAUAAAGCAUGUGUAGAUUUAGAUUUGA